CACACAGGAGGUGACGUUAGGCUGUCAACAUGCAAAAUGGCGGCUCAUCAUCGCCAGAACACCGCGGCGCGAAGGAAAGUCCAGGUGUCUUAUGUUAUUCGAGAUGAAGUAGAGAAAUAUAAUCGUAAUGGUGUUAACGCACUUCAGCUAGAUCCUACGUUAAACAGACUGUUUACAGCUGGUCGAGAUUCAAUUAUCAGGAUAUGGAGUGUCAACCAGCACAAGCAAGAUCCUUAUAUUGCGUCCAUGGAGCACCAUACUGACUGGGUGAAUGAUGUGGUGUUGUGCUGUAAUGGAAAGACCUUAAUAUCGGCUUCAUCUGACACUACAGUGAAAGUGUGGAAUGCUCAUAAAGGAUUUUGCAUGUCCACGUUACGAACUCAUAAGGAUUAUGUUAAGGCAUUGGCUUAUGCAAAAGAUAAGGAGUUGGUGGCUUCAGCUGGGCUGGACAGACAGAUUUUCCUCUGGGAUGUAAAUACUCUUACAGCACUGACUGCCUCAAACAACACUGUCACAACAUCAUCAUUGAGUGGGAACAAAGACUCCAUUUAUAGCCUUGCAAUGAACCAGAUGGGAACAGUAAUUGUUUCUGGCUCUACUGAAAAGGUUCUGAGAGUGUGGGAUCCCAGGACAUGUGCAAAGCUGAUGAAACUUAAAGGUCACACAGAUAAUGUGAAAGCUCUAUUGUUGAACCGAGAUGGCACACAGUGUUUGUCUGGUAGCUCUGAUGGAACCAUCCGCCUGUGGUCCUUGGGACAACAGAGGUGCAUAGCAACCUAUAGGGUCCACGAUGAAGGAGUUUGGGCACUGCAGGUCAAUGAAGCCUUUACGCAUGUCUACUCAGGAGGACGAGACCGAAAAAUCUACUGCACGGACCUCCGGAAUCCAGAUAUUCGCAUUCUGAUUUGUGAAGAAAAAGCACCAGUUCUCAAGAUGGAGAUUGAUCGAUCAGCUGACCCAGCUCCAGCUAUCUGGGUAGCCACCACAAAAUCAUCAGUGAAUAAAUGGUCCAUGAAGGGUAUUCAGAAUUUCAGGGCAUCUGGUGAUUAUGACAAUGAUUGCAGCGCGCCCUUAGUUCCUCUUUGCACACAGCCUGAGCAAGUAAUUAAAGGGGGUGCUAGUAUCAUCCAGUGUCAUAUAUUGAAUGAUAAGAGACACAUAGUGACCAAAGAUACGAACAACAUUGUGGCGUUCUGGGAUGUGCUGAAGGCUUGUAAGGUGGAAGACCUUGGGAAAGUAGAAUUUGAAGAAGAAAUCAAGAAACGGUUCAAAAUGGUUUAUGUGCCAAACUGGUUCUCAGUGGACUUGAAAACAGGGAUGUUGACAAUUACUUUAGAUGAGAGUGACUGUUUUGCUGCCUGGGUGUCAGCGAAGGAUGCUGGAUUUAGCAGUCCAGAUGGAUCAGACCCAAAACUUAACCUCGGAGGACUGUUGCUGCAGGCUUUGUUGGAGUAUUGGCCAAGAACACACAUCAUUCCAAUGGAUGAAGAGGAAAAUGAAAUGAAUAUGGUUAAUGGCGAGCAAGAGAACCGAAUACAGAAAGGCAAUGGAUAUUUCCAGGUGCCACCACACACUCCAGUCAUAUUUGGUGAGGCAGGCGGUCGCACUCUCUUCAGGCUUUUGUGUCGAGAUGCAGGGGGUGAAACCGAAUCCAUGCUUCUGAAUGAAACUGUGCCUCAGUGGGUUAUCGACAUCACUGUAGACAAAAACAUGCCCAAAUUCAACAAAAUCCCAUUCUACCUGCAGCCUCAUUCUUCUUCGGGAGCAAAGACACUUAAGAAAGAUCGUUUGUCGGCUAGUGACAUGCUGCAGGUUCGAAAGGUGAUGGAACAUGUUUACGAGAAGAUCAUCAACCUGGACAAUGAAUCACAAACAACCAGCUCCUCAAACAAUGAGAAACCCGGGGAGCAGGACAAAGAAGAAGACAUUGCUGUGCUGGCAGAGGAGAAGAUUGAAUUGCUUUGUCAAGAUCAGGUGCUUGAUCCAAACAUGGACCUGCGGACGGUGAAGCAUUUCAUCUGGAAGAGUGGAGGGGACCUGACGCUUCACUAUCGGCAGAAGUCGACGUGAUGUUUAAUCAGGAAUGGCAGAGGGCUUGACUCCUAGAAGCCAAUACUCUUAUUUUGAACUUUCUUGUCUGCGCCUAAUCUCAUUACCUGUACUGGGUUAAAAGAGCAGAAUAACAGUGCCCCCCCCCACCCCCACCCAGCUCACUGACCGAUUUAAUCCAGUACGGAGAAAAACGUCAAAUCAUAUGGAAAAUUCAACUGCUAUACAACAUAGGAAGAUUGCAGAUUGUAAAUUGAAUUUAAUCCCAGUGCACUGUCUUAAUUUGAAGGGGAAGGGCGCAGAUUAUUGUAGAUUUAUAGUGUGGCAGGGAAUACACUGCCCAGUGUACAAAGCAUAGAUAAAUGAACCAGAUAAUAGACAUAACCGCUUCAUCAGUAGGUGUCCUUUAUUUGUUUCUAACUCAUUGUCUACACAGAAACAUUUCCUGCAUGGACACCACACCAGCUACUGCUGUCACCUUACUAUGUGUGAUGUUAUCCAUCACUGCAAAUUCUUGUUUCCAUACAUUCCGCAGUUUUCUUUACAGAUGUCAUAUAAAUGCCACCAAUCUUGUUGGUUCAUUUGGGAAAUGGAGCGGGCAAAUAGAAUGAUAAGGGAAUGUGCAAAGAGCAGAUUCAUCACUAGUGUUGAGCUCAAACAGUGUCCCCAGGUACCAGUUAAAUGUGCUUAAUAUUUGGGAAUUGUGCCCCAGAUUGACUGUUCUUGCUGCUUGAGCUUGUCUUUUAUUCUGUUAAAUUCAGUUAGCGGUGCUGCAUCUGUCAAAAGUUAAUCUUUUGAUGUGUCAGAGGGGGACCUUGUAGAGAGAGAGUUCAGUUGGAAAGAGAUAGUAGGACACAAGGGCACAAGUUCAGGGUUAACAGGGCAGGUUCGCGACAGAUGCCAGAAUAUAUUUCUUUACGUUAGGAUGGGUUGAAGCCAAACUAAUGGUGGCCUGGUAUGAUUGAUAUUCUAAAAGGAAGAAAUCUAAUGGGCUGUAAGUCACUUUCAUCCAAACCCUAUCUUGUGAGAAGUUUGUUGUAAAUAAGAUUUUUUUUUAUUCACCUACUAAGAACAGAAAAGAUUUUUAAAACUUUUUUUUAAGAAAAAGCUUUGAGACUUUGUAGUUGAUUGCAAAGCUAAUUCCUUUUGGAUGCUUCAAAUCCAGAGAUGAAAUAUUAAGGCUCAAAUAAAGUAAUAUUUAAA